GGACAAUGUCAAUUUCAAGCAGGGAUCCCGCAAUUUCCUCUCUUGUUUCCCACAAUUUCCUCGGAUAUAUCUGAUCAGGCCCUGGAGAUUUGUCCACCGCACACUCACACUCUUCCCCUCCGAGCCCCAAGGUGUGUCAUUCACACUUUUCCUCCCCAGGCCCCAAAGUGUGUCAUUCACACUCUACCCCCAGGCCCAAGGGUGCGUUACUCAGACUCUUCCUCUCUGGAACACGGUGCGUCAUUCACACUCUUACCCCCUUCUCUCUCUCUCUCUCUCUCAGCAGAGACCCCAAAGACGUGCCCAUGGCUGCCCGCUGUUGGUGCCCGCCCUUGGUGCUGAUCUCCCUGCUGCUGCUGGCCCCUCGCCCGGUCUCCAGCGUGUGCGAGACAGGCACGGCCAAUGAGUGCAAAGCUGCGACCCCGAUGCCAGGGGUGGAGAUGGUGGGCGAGGGCUUUGACGUGGUCCACAUGCGUGGGACGGGCAACUGGGUGGUGGACACCCAAACCUGGCAGUUGCAGGGUGGAAGCUGCACACUGUGCCUCAACGAUCAGCUGGGGGGCAAGCGUCAGCGGCUGCCCCAAGCCGUGAAACACUGGCAGUCGGCGACGGACUGUCGGCGUCACCUGUCCGGCCAGACCUACGAUUCAACGGAGGAGGUAAGCAAGUCGGUGAGUAGCGGGCUGGACAGCAGCUGGAGCUCCAACCUGGACGUGGCGCACACGGAUAUGGCUGCCGUGGUCUUUGCUGCCGGCUCGCUCUCCCAGCAGGCCGAAUUUGCCCGGCAGAAAGCCUCCAGCGACCGCUACAGUUUCAGCCGCCUGUCCUUCAGCUGCGGCCUGUACAAGGCACGACUGGGCCACCAGCCACCGCUGCACCCGCACCUGCAGAAGCGUCUGCACAACCUGCCCAAUACUGGUGGAGCCAGCGAAGCCAACCUCCUCUACAGCGACUUUCUGCGCACCUUUGGCACCCACUAUGUGGCAGCCGUAGACCUGGGCGGCUCCUACACUGACCUCACCGCCCUCCGCACCUGCCAGAUCGCCCUCAACGGGCAAACCCUGGAUGAGGUGAGUGCCAACUCGCGAUACCCUGACCCCAGACCAUGAACCCCCGCCCUCGGCCGUGACCUCUGAAUCACAACUGUUAACUCCAAUCUUGUGUUCACAGGACCUCUGACCUUGAACCUUGACCGCUGAACCUCAAAAUUUAACUCAAAGAUAACCCCUGACCUGGACUAUGAACAUCGACCUCUGUCCACAAAACAUUGACUCCUGAACCCCCAACAAUUAACUACAAAUUGACCUCUAACCCCGACCUCUGACCGCGAACCUCAACCUCUGACCAUGAACUUGGAGCUGGUGUACAAUUAAUGACAUAACCCUUAAAAGCAUUGAUGAAAGCAUCUUUAGUCAGAGGGUGGUGAAUCUGUGGCAAUCUUUGCUGUGGAGAUCAUUGGAUAUUUUUAAAGGCAGGGUUUGACAAAUUCUUGAUUUUUUACGGGUGUCAGGGAUUUAUGGGGAGAAGGCAGGAGAAUGGGGUUGAGAGGUUAAAGAUAGAUCAGCCAUGAUUGCACGACUAGAUGGGCCGAAUGGCCUAAUUCUGCUCAUUGAACUUGUGGAUAUCUGAUCGGAGCAAGUGUGAGGUACUGCACUUUGGGAGGUCACAGAUAAGGGGGGUGGGGACUGAUGUACAAUUAAUGACAUAACCCUUAACAGCAUUGAUGUACAGAGGGAUCUUGGGGGCCCAAGUCUGUAACACCCUGAAAGUGGCAACACAGGUAGAUAGAGUGGUAAAGAACUAUAAUAUGUUUGCUUUCAUAAGUCCGAGACUUGAACACAAGAGUCAGGAAAUCAUGAUGCACUUUGGUCAGGCCAUACUGCAGUUCUGGUCACCCCAUUACAGGAAGGAUGUGGAGGCUUUGGAAAUAGUGCAGAGGAGGUUUACCAGAAAUGAUAUGCACAAAAUGCUGGAAUAACUCAACUGGUCGGGCAGCAUCUCUGGGGAAAAAGAAUAGGCAACUUUUUGAGUCGGAAUCCUUCUUCAGAAUGAAAGGAGAGGAAGUAGGGGCCAGAAUAAUGUUUGGAUCAGUUGGUAUUAGCUGCAGGAUGAGGUUGGACAACCUCGGAUUAUUUCCCCUGGAUUCGCAGAAGUUGCGGGAGACCUGGUGGAAGUACGAGAGGCAUUAGAUAGGGUAGACAGUCAGAGCCUUUACCCUACGAUGGAAAUAUCAAAUACCAGAGGACAUAGCUUUGAAGUGAGAUGAGCAACGUUUAAAGGAUAUGUGUAGGUCAAGUUGUACGGAUGUGGGGGGACUCCAUUGAAACGUACAGAAUAGUGAAAGGCCAGGAUAGAGUGGAUGUGGAGAGGAUAUUUCCACUAGUGGGAGAGUCAUGGACUAGUGGUCACAGCCUCAGAAUUAAAAGACGUUCUUUUAGGAAGGAUAUGAUCAGGAAUUUCUUUAGUCAGAGGUGGUGAAUGUGUGCCACAGAAGGCUGUGGAGGCCAAGUCAGUGGAUAUAUUUAAGGCAGAGAUAGAUAGAUUCUUUAUUAGUACGGGUGUCAGAGGUUAUGAGGAGAAGGCAGGAGAAUGAGGUUAGGAGGGAGAGGUAGAUCAGCCAUGAUUGAAUGGCAGAGCUGAAUAUAGGGGCCGAAUGGCCUAAUUCUGCUCCUAUCACUUAUGAUCUUAUGAAGUUUAUUUUUACACAGAGGAUGGUGGGCGCCUGGAACGCGCUGCCAGGGGUGGUGGUGGAGGCAGAUACGAUAGUGGUGUUUAAGAGGCGUAACUUGGAUAAGCCCAUGGCUAUCAGGCAAUAGAAAGAU